AUGGCUUCUUUCCGUCGACCCGAGCACAAGGCACCGCCUGAAAUUUUCUACAAUGACACAGAAGCCAAGAAAUAUACGCAAAAUUCGCGUAUUAUGGAAAUUCAAGCUCAGAUGACGGAACGCGCAAUGGAGUUGCUCGCUCUGCCCGAUGAUGGACCAAAGUAUCUGCUCGAUUUAGGUUGCGGCUCUGGUCUCAGUGGUCAGGAGAUUGAGGAAGCAGGUCACUACUGGGUGGGCGUGGACAUCAGUCCGUCAAUGUUGGACAUUUGCCUUGAGCGUGAAACUGAAACCGGCGAUGUCCUGCAACUUGAUCUCGGCCAGGGAAUGCCCUUCCGGGCGGGCACCUUUGACGGGGCCAUCUCCAUCUCCGCCCUUCAGUGGCUUUGCAACGUCGACAAGACCGGUCACAAGCCGGCAAAGCGACUGUACAAGCUCUUCUCCACACUGUACGCCUGUCUCUCUCGCGGCUCAAAGGCGGUCUUUCAGUUCUACCCGGAGAACAGUGACCAGUGCCAGUUGAUCACAUCGCAGGCGAUGCGCGCCGGCUUCUACGGCGGUCUGGUGGUCGACUUUCCGAACAGCGCCAAGGCAAAGAAGGUUUUUCUUGUGCUCUUCACUGGAGGCGUGCCACAGUCGAUGCCAAAGGCGCUCGGUGAAGAGGACCAGGUGGCUGAGCAGAGCACCAUUGACUUUAACAACAAGCGAGAUCGUGUCAGAGCACUUCGAAACAGCAAGGCGCCCGUCACUGCACGAGAGUGGAUUCAAAAGAAGAAAGACCGAUACCGGCGACAGGGCAAGGAGGUGCGACCUGAUACGAAGUACACCGGCAGAAAACGUAGUGGUCGGUUUUGA